UAAAAUCCAUCUUUCCUUUGAGCGACUGUGACGACCUGUGGAGGGAGAGUGAUUUUUGUCACUGUGAAGUUGUCGGUACUCCGGCACUCGGCAGGUAAAAUACUCGCGGUGGGUGCUUUGGUGCGUUCGGUGUAGGACGCAUCCUUCACUGUCACUGGGGGUAUCGGCAAGAACCAUACACCGUAGAGAGAGCGAGACGAAAAGGACACACCGUAGCGUAGAACAGUCGGACGAAACGUAACUCAGAAGAGUCGGUAUUGGUACACACUCACCAUUGUUGGGAAUUAUGAGUGCGACGACUCCGCCAGUCGCUUCUUCGAAAGUGGACCUGUUCGAGUACACAGAAGAGCAACUAUUGGAAGAAAAGGUACUCACACACUACGAGAUUCUCGGUAUAUCGACCUUUUGUUCGCAAGAUGAUGUCAAAAAGGCCUUUCGGCGCUCUUCACUCAAGUACCAUCCCGACAAGCACGGCCACGAUAAGGACUACGCAUUCCUGGCGCUCAAGCAGGCCCACGAUACGCUCUACGAUCACGAAAAACGCCAAGCCUACGACUCCACAACCUUACCCUUUGACGACGCCAUCCCCCCACCGCGGGAUAAGCUCCUGCAGGACGAUCUACUCCUCUACAAGGACAACGACUUUUACGAGCUCUAUCGACCCGUCUUUGAACGCAAUCUGCGGUUCGACGCAAACUUGCGACCGGACGCCGUCGGCAACGCCAAGAACGGGAAUCACAACGGCAAGAAGAAAAAAGCCGGCAAGGCCAAGGCGCCCCCGACUUUGGGCGACGCCGACACCCCCAUUGCCCAAGUACACGCCUUUUACGAAUACUGGAUUCAUUUCGAAUCGUGGCGCGAUUUUUCGGCCCAAGCCACGGACGAACUUCAGGUGGAGAACGAACUGGAAAAUGCCGAAUCGCGCUUUGAAAAACGCUGGAUCCAGAAAGAAAUCGAUAAGCGCGCCAAGCAGCUGAAAAAGACAGAAAUGAGUCGGAUUCAAUUGCUGGUGGAACGGGCGAUGGAAGCCGAUCCGCGAUUGCGGAAGUUUCGACAGGAACAGUUGGCCGCCAAGGAACAGGCCAAGCGCGAGCGACAGGAAAAGGCGGAACAACAAAAGAUACAAGCGCAAUUAGAGCAUGAACGGCAACAACAACAAGAAGUAGUGGACCGGCAGCGGCGAGCGGAAGAAAAGGUGACGCGCGAACAACAAAAGAAACAUAUACGGAAAGCGCGACAGAGUCUGCGAAAAAUGGCGUCGGCCUCUUUUGAAUCUCUCGAAUCGGAACAGAAAUCGUCCAUUGUAUGGGCGGAUACUUACGACAUGAAUCUGGAUGUCGAAGUGCUGUGUACAAAUUUGGAUUUGACGGGGUUGCAAUCGUUGGCUCAAGAAUUGGAAAAUAUCACUUGUCCGAAAGAAUCGUUGACGAUGAUUCACCAAGAAGUACUAGUGGCUAAGCAGCGGGAGACAGACGGGGACUUUAGCAAUGGCGAACAAUCGUCUCCAUCUCACAACGGAACUUUUUCGACGAAAGAAACGACAACGUCGCCUGUUGUAACACCGGCGUUGAAGCCGAACCUCUGGACCAAGGAGGAAUUGUCAGCCCUGGCUAAGGCAGUCAAGAAGUAUCCACCCGGUGGUUCCUCACGAUGGGAACAGAUUGCGUUGUUUGUGAAUAAUUUGUGCAAACAGGACGAACCCCGAUCCAAGGAGGAAUGUAUCGAGAAAUACAACAACGUGGCGAAGACGCACAGCAAACCAACCGAAAGCACGAACGGCGUCGCGGCAGCAUCAGAACCCGAAAACUCUUCGCAAUCCAACGAAGACGUGUGGACGGCCGAACAGGAUCAGCAGCUGCAAGAUGGACUAGCUGCGAAUCCAGCGAGCAUGGACAAAAAUGAACGGUGGACCGCAAUUACAGAGUGUGUCCCGGGAAAAUCCAAGAAGCAGUGCGUACAACGGUUCAAAGUGAUUCGGGAUGCCUUGAAAAAGAAGAAAUAG